UUUUUCAUCAUGGCAUUGUUUUUGCCCCAAACCUUUUAUUCAUCCUUCUUAUCAUGAUCCUUACUGAAAAUUGCAUGCAAGAAGGCAUACUUAGGUGCAUGAAGUUACAGAGUUGUGUUCUUUCUCCUGAACAAAUGAACCUGGUUAAUGAAUUUUUUUUGGUUGGAAUUUACUGUUUUAGGGAAUUAUCUGAUGUGGAAUGGGAUGAGAUGUUGUUCAACCUGUGUUUCAUGGAUGUCCUGAGAGCAUGCUUGGUAGUCAAGCCCUUGGCAUUCUCAGCUCAACACUGGGACCUACUCCAAUGUGCUAUUAGUUCCUGGGUCAUCUCCCUUGACAAGACCUUUGCCCUUGCAUCCAGUGCAGAGGGAAGCUUGUCAAUCCCAUUAGCACUGUUUCUCAAAAGCACUUGCCAUAUCACAGUUUCGUUGGCCAGCUUCAUGGCACAUUUAGAGGCAGAGUCUGAGGUAAUUGGUAAGGAGGUACCAUCCAAUCUCCUGUCUGAGUACAAGGAGUUCUUCUCUCCCCAGAUCUUCAGGGUUCUCCUCCAUCUAUUUCACAUCACAGGAGGCACAUUUCGUGAAAAUUGUGAUGUGGAACCAUGGAUAUGCCUUGGUGUGUUGGAGCCGUUGAGUCAGGUGGUGUGCCAGAUGCCCAAGGAGCUGGCAUUGAGCCAUGGACUACCACCUCGGCUGUCUAGCAGUGGGAGGGCAGUCCUCUCAGAUCACCUGGCUAGCCUCCUCAACCACAUGAGUGUCCUUCUCACCUCCUCUCAUCGGUGUCUCCAGCUUGCAGCCUUCUCUGUCAUUCACAGGUGA